AACACUUACGGCUCAUUGUCCAUGCAGCAUAGCUAUUAGGUGGACAAUGCCUGCUGCUGUCUCCCAAACAGAAAACAUUUAAAAAACAAGUGCACAGCCCAUAUUCAUAACUUUCAAUACAAAAAUCAUACAUGUAUAUGAGUAGCGUGAACAGAAUUAGCAUAGCAUUAGCUUUCAUUAGAUGACCCACUUGGUGCAGAAUUUGGAGCAAACACACAACAGUGGUGCAACAAUGCUCUGCAUUUUCCUAUUAAAAUCCAAUAACGUGACAAUAUCAUAAUGAAGAUGAAUUAUGUGACCUAGAAUGAGUGUUUUUGCUGGACCAUGAAGAGGAAAGCUGGUGCAGCUGCCCUGAACUUUCACAUGCCACACACAACCUCCAACAGUGAGGAUGCACAGGGCCAGCAAAAGCAGUCAGGUGUGCACAUAUUAGCAAUGAUGGUGGCUGCACAAAGUGGCAAAAGUUCUAGUGGCAGCAUUUUGUAGAUGUGGCUCCUGGGAUGCUAGUUGCCUCAUGAAAUCAAUAUCACCGUGGGGAAGGAGUUAUAUCUUGCUAUUGUUUACCUCACCUACAAACAGCAAGUACUCCCUGACCCUCCUUUGCCCUACUUUCAAUUGUAUAGCUGGUUGGAGAUGGACUGUACUCGCAAGGAUCCUGCACCAUAAUCCAGGUGUGCUUACUGCUUAGACGUGGAUAAGUUAAAUUAGUUGGUGGAAGCAAAGAAGGAGGACACGCUGAUUUAAAACCGAACAAUUGAAAAUGCAUUUGGUCGUUCCUAUUCAACAUUAACUAGAGGAAACACGUUAAUGAAUAAUGUCCAACAGUAGAUGGGGGAACCUGGACUACUUAGGUCACUCUCCCUAAGAGUCCAGCAAUAGUCACGUUUGAAAAGCUGCGACAUACACGGGUUUACACAAAGGGAAACUCGACCUUAGGGUCCGGUCCAGAGGCGUUUAAAAAGUGAUCGGCGCUCUCAUGCACAGAGGAUAGAAAUAUGAGGAUUUUUAAAAUUGCGUCCAUGUGUUUCUUUUGUCAACCCUCGUGUCUUUAUCCCGCAAACUCCUCGGGUCAGGGGCUCCCCGUGUCCUGCGCAGGGUGGGGCUCAGAGGCUGCACUUCGCAAAUCAAGAGCAAUGCCCAUAAAAGGAAGCCCAUGUCGGCAGCAUGUGUCCUGCAGCAGCCCAAGUUUGCCCCGGCUUAGCUUGCAGCCACUUGAGAGCGUUUCUGGCCCCCGCGGAGGCGAAGGAUGAGGCUGCGGGGACUGGGCUGCAUCCAGCCCUUUCCAACCUGCCUCCGUGGGAAGCCCCGCCCGUCAGAAGAAACUUUGCUGGAGGUGGGGGGCGGUGAUUGCUCGCCCGCCGGGCGCCGCGCUCGCAGCCAGUUUCCCCCGGCCUCUCGGCGCGGCUCGCCCCGUGCCCGGGCGCUCUCGUGGGGGUAGAUGGUCGCUGCCGCUUCCUAGCGCGCCUCCCCGUCUCCUCCCCCUCAGCCUGGCGGUGCCCGCGCUCCAGUCUCCAGCAGCAGCAACAGCAGCUCGGGCGCGGGCAGCCGCGCGGAGUCCCAGGGACCCUCCCUCCCGGCGGCCGCCGCCUCUUCCUGCUGCCAGCCCGGCGCUGAAGGCUUGCCCAUGGCAGGGCGCUGAGGGAGGGAGCCGGGCAGGCAGCGGCGCGGGGCUCUGCACUGAUUCACGGCGGGGCGCAGCCGGCUGGUACUUUUCUCCAAUGGUCCAAAGCGACAUGUCCAAAUCGCCUCCCACUCCGGCGGCGGCGGCGCAGGAGCUGCAGAUGGAGCUGCUGGACAACCCCCCACCCGCCGCAACGGCAGCGCAGUCUUAUGGAAAAGGCGCUAGAAGAAAAAACCGAUUUAAAGGAUCGGAUGGGAGUACAUCAUCUGACACCACCUCUAAUAGUUUUGUACGUCAGGGUUCAGCGGACUCCUACACCAGCCGUCCAUCUGAUUCAGAUGUAUCUCUGGAGGAAGACAGGGAGGCAGUGCGGAGAGAGGCAGAGCGGCAGGCCCAGGCACAGCUGGAAAAAGCAAAGACAAAACCUGUUGCAUUUGCAGUCCGGACAAAUGUCGGCUAUAGUGCAGGACAUGAUGAUGACGUCCCAGUUCCAGGCAUGGCCAUCUCAUUUGAAGCAAAAGAUUUUCUUCAUGUUAAAGAAAAGUUUAACAAUGACUGGUGGAUAGGACGAUUGGUAAAAGAAGGCUGUGAAAUAGGAUUCAUACCAAGCCCAGUCAAAUUAGAAAACAUGAGGAUACAACAUGAACAAAGGGCAAAGCAAGGAAAAUUCUACUCCAGUAAAUCAGGAGGAAAUUCAUCAUCCAGUUUGGGUGACAUAGUACCUAGUUCCAGAAAAUCAACUCCUCCCUCAUCUGCUAUAGACAUAGAUGCCACUGGCUUAGAUGCAGAAGAAAAUGAUAUUCCAGCAAACCAUCGCUCCCCCAAACCCAGUGCAAACAGUGUAACAUCACCCCACUCCAAAGAGAAAAGAAUGCCCUUCUUUAAGAAGACAGAGCACAUCCCUCCCUAUGAUGUAGUGCCUUCAAUGCGACCAGUAGUUUUAGUGGGGCCUUCCUUGAAGGGGUAUGAGGUGACCGAUAUGAUGCAAAAAGCAUUAUUUGAUUUUUUAAAACACAGAUUUGAAGGGCGUAUAUCAAUCACACGGGUCACAGCAGACAUCUCGCUUGCCAAACGCUCCGUAUUAAACAAUCCUAGUAAGCAUGCGAUAAUAGAACGGUCCAACACAAGAUCAAGCUUAGCUGAAGUUCAGAGUGAAAUUGAACGGAUAUUUGAAUUAGCAAGGACAUUGCAGCUGGUAGUACUUGAUGCUGAUACCAUUAAUCACCCAGCUCAACUAAGUAAAACCUCUCUGGCUCCCAUUAUAGUAUAUGUAAAGAUUUCUUCUCCCAAGGUUUUACAGAGGCUAAUAAAAUCUCGAGGGAAAUCUCAGGCUAAACACCUUAAUGUUCAAAUGGUGGCAGCUGAUAAACUGGCUCAGUGUCCUCCAGAAAUGUUUGAUGUAAUUCUGGAUGAGAACCAACUUGAAGAUGCCUGUGAGCACCUGGCUGACUAUCUGGAAGCCUACUGGAAGGCCACACAUCCUCCUUGCAGUAAUCCUCCGAACCAGCUCCUCACUCGCACUCUUGCAACAGCCACUCUUCCCAUCAGUCCGGGGCCAAACAUAAAUUUACAGGGCUCUCAAGGAGAUCAGAGAAAUGACCAUUCAGCCCCUGAACGCACUGGCUCACAAAUUGAAGAGGAGGCACGGAUUGAACCCAUGAAGAAAUUUCAACAUCGUUCAUCUUCCUCAGCCCAGCACCAUAACCAUCGCAGUGGUGUUAGCCGAGGCCUGUCUAGGCAAGAAACAUUUGACUCAGAACCCCAAGACAGCAGAGAUUCAGCUUACACAGAACCAAAGGAAGAAUACUUACAUGAGCAUGGUGACCACAAUGAUUCUCACAGGGAUCACAGUCAUAGAGAUGAGUCACAUGGGAGCAGUGAUCACAGACAUAGGGAAUCAAGGCAUCGCUCAAAGGAAAGGGACCGAGAGCAGGACCACAACGAAUGCAACAAACAACGCAGUCGUCAUAAAUCAAGGGACCAAUAUUGUGACAAGGAUGGAGAAAUGAUAUCUAGAAAACGCAAUGACACAGGAGACUGGAACAGGGAUGUAUACAUCCGCCAAUAACUUUUGCCUCAGCCAGUCUUGUGUUUCUUUAAGUCUUGUAUAACGACACCCCUUGAAAAUAUCUUUGGGUUCUACAUUGCAGAACAUAUGGUAUCCUUCUGAUCCUUCUGUAUGCUGAUUUGUAUUGCUGUUGCUUGCAUAGCAAUAGCAUGAAAUAGAAUAUUCAUAUACUUAUUUUUGAUUAGUGCUAUAUAAAUUGGCGUAGUACAACUGCAGAGCUUCUGAUGUUGUACUGUGCUUUUUUCAAGCUGUUUUUGAUAGCAGCCAUUUGAACAAUAUCUGUUGCCAUCAAGGUGAUGUUAGUGUUUUAAAACAAGGUACAGUUGAUGUUUAAUAACCUCCCGUGUAUUCAGCCAGCCAGAAUCAGCACAUACAAAACUGAAACUCAUCUGUUUUGAUUUUUAAUUUGUAUGCACUUGAUUUGCAUAUUGGUUUAAGAGCCACUAUCUGUUGCUUGUACCUCUAGUGGACUCCAUUUGGGGGACAAAAUUCAGUUUUGCCUUACACACAGGGAAUCAUAAAGUCAAAAUCUAUUUUCUAUGUACUGGUACUGUGUACUGUAUAUACAGUUUAUAAAUGUUAUUUCUGCAGACACCUUCUUACUAUAUAAGUUUGACCACACUGUUUUAGAGUCCUAAUGCCAAGUCAGCAGAUUAGCUUUUGAAUUACUAGCAACUGGAACUAGCCUCAUUCAGGAAAUUUGUAAGAGUGUCUAAUACAGAAAUUUUUUUCUUCUGUAGCAGAAAGUUUAUACUUACUGUAAAUAUGAAUGAAUGCUUGAGAUAAAAGGUUUGAUUCCUGUAUUUUAUGCUGUCCUUGCAAACUUACAAUUUUGUGUUUUAAAUUGAUAACUAACCUAGCACUAUAAAUUGUUCUAUACCCACACAAAUUGUAAUGGACACACUCUUAAUUUUUGUUUUCUUUGUCAAAAUAAGGUGAUGCAAGCAUGCAUAACAGGGAGAGAGUAUGAGCGUGUGAGAGAGCGACAGCAGAAGUUCAGCAUGUAGAAGACCUAAUGAAGAAAUACUCAAAAACUGAAGCAGUCAGUUUAUUCUAUUGUUUUCAAAAUCUGAAUUGUAGUCAGGGAACAUGAGGCAGUUUACGGUUACAGGUAAUUAAGAAAGCAUAAAUCCGCUGGCUCUCAAGACUCCAGGAGAGUAAAAACACAGGCAAAUGUUACUGUAAGUGUUUCACUGGAAAUGUAAAAUCUUUGUGUUUUAGAGUAUUUGUUUUAGUAAGAAAAGUUUACACAGCUUGUGGAGAGUUAUUUUGUUGGAAAAUAAAUUUUUUGUAGCUUCUCCACUUUUUUUCUACACUUGCCACACAGUCUGCAGUCCCACUUUGCAGCCAUGUCUCCAAGUCUGUCCUCAUUCUUCAGCUAAAGCUUUGUCUGCCAAUAAGCCCAGAAGGAGGAUUGUUAUAACUAAAGGUUCCCUCUAUCAUGAACUCACUACAAAAAUGUAUUGUAAUCAAAUGGAGUGGUAUGUUGUGCAUCAAGUACCCGUUGUACCAAUAAGUGGGACACCGUGUAUUACUUUUUGGUUUUAGAUUCCAUGCCCCUGCCUAGAUUAAAUUCUCACCUGCGCCUACUGCAGCACAGGAGCACACAAAAUCUACUAGCCUGGGUCCCAGUGGGACCUGGUGUCUGAGGGGGAUGUGGAGAUUGUGUUUCUCCUUCUCAGUCAGGGGCCACAUGAGUGAGGGUUUUGUUUAUAUACUUGGCGUCUCACUUGUGUGCACCCCCGACUGAUUUUUCUGUGGGUCAGCAGCCCCCGGCCCAAAAAAGGUUCCCUUUUCCAGUAUAAAGAAAAGAGAAUGGGGGUCACAUUCAUUUAUAACUGUGCACAUUUGUGCAAUUUAUAUAUUUUCUAGCAAAAAGGUGGAUAUUGGAAUUAUUGGAGCUCUGGUAUUUUAUAUUAUUACAGUGAAAUGUAUAAGAAAUACAUGAGAUUCAUGUUUAAAAAUCCAUUCCUUUAUUCCAUGGUCCAGAUAAUUCUGUUUCCACACGUUGGGAGAUAUUUUUCCUCUAAAAGAAGCUUUGGAGCAUUUUUCUUAAUAAAUAGAGGUGAAUUUUUGCUGUCUGUUAUCUAAUCAUAACUCCUGUUGCUGUCACUUGUGAGCAUCCAAGAACAAUGUCUGACUGGGGGGGCUACGUCUACAUUGUGCAUUCUUACACAAGAAGAUGUGCAAAUGAGGCAUG